AUGGCCGACUCAGAACUCAAAUCCAACGACACCUCAAGCCCCACCUCCAACCCUGGCGACUCAGACAUAUCACCUCCAUCAGCUCUCCCUUUCCUCUCUCAAGACGUCGAUCUUGAAAUCCUCCCUGAACCCCUGCAACUCAGCCACGGCACCACCGAACACAUCUCAACAGUACCCUUUCGGAAAUGCAGUAUCAGUACGAAGAUCACUGAUCUGCGACGGUGCUGGUUCAGGGAUGAGAGGGUAGGAGGAGAUGGCAAGAGAGAGGCUUGUGUAGUUGUUUUUGAGCUAGAGUUUGGUGAGCAGAGUAGGGAGAGUGGACAGAGGAUUACAGAGAUGGGAGUGUGGGUUUUGGUAGAGGAGGUUGAUGAGGAUGAGAGACAGACCACAAAACAGCAACAAGCAAUCCUCACCCCCCCAAUCACACAAGCCCCCUCCCCCGACCUCGCCAUAAAAGCCAUCUACCCCUACUCCGCCAGCAGCCCCCUCACCCCCCUCCUCACCACCACCUCCCUCAGCACCUCCCUCUCCCCAACAUUCAACAACAUCUCCAUCCUCUCCCUCAGCGCCAGCCAAGAGAAAUCGCACACCUCUCACCACGGCGCAAGACUCACCACCACCUCCGCCGGCACUCAAGGCCGCAAACUACAGCUUUCUGAAAACGCGCUUCUCAAAUCUGGAGUUCCCGAUCGGGUCAGGUUCGCGGUGUUGUUGCAGACGGAUGGGCUGCCGUUUGAUGUCGAAUUGAGGUUUAAGGGUGUGGCGGGGAGUUCGAAGUGGGGGGUUGGUGUUAAGGUCGGUGCGAAGUGUGUGGUGGGCGUGGGGAGUGAGUAUCUUUGGUUUAGGAGGGGGGAGGGGGAGGGUGAGGGGGGGAGUGGGAGUGUAAGGGAGGGGGAGGUGAGGUUUGAUGAGGAUGCUGAUUCGGAGGUGUUUAGGAGGUGGGUUUUUGAGAAGACGGGGAAUGCGUGGGCGGAGGGAGUGGUGUGGGAAUGA